AUGUUUAAGUUUUUACAACAUCAACCCAUGAUGCUUCAAUGUCGGAACAAUUUAGCUUGUGCUGCACUUUUUUUGAUAUACAUCUUUUUAAAAUUUUUACCCUUAUUUCUAAAGUUUCUUAUAUAA